AGUUUUCUAAACAAUUUAUAGUAGCACACGUUAUAUACCAAAGAUAAUCGUUUAUAAUAUUCGCGAGAAUGAGAUUUUUAUUGUCUUUACGAGGUAAUAUUUUUCUUAUAAAACCAUGUCAAGCUUUUAAUCAUAAAUAUAUUAUAAAUAAAUAUUUGUUAAUAUUUUUUUAAGUGAAGUAUAUAGUAGACAAAUUGCUUUUUGUCAUUUUCCACCUUGAACUUGAAAUAAAGAACCUGACGACCUUGGAGCUGCCACGCCAGCAUUCACUACAGAAAAUUCAUUUCAUUAUGUUGAAAAUUUUUAAUUUAUUCUAAAGAUUUUCAAUAUUAAAAAUAAAUAUUGUAUUUAAAAAAAGUGUUUUGAAAAUUUUUCUAUUUUUUAAAAAAAGUAAUAUUUAAAAUGCAUAUAUUAUUUAGUUGAUGAAAUUAUUAGGUACUAAAGCAGAUGAGUAUAUCUCUCGAGAAGAAAUCAUUUUUGAAAUUUUAAUUAAACCAUUCAUAUUAGGGCUUUCAUUUCAAUUCGGGAUAUUUUAUUCAAUUAAUUUAAAUUUAAUACUUGAAAAUAAUUUUAUUUAAAAAAUAUUUGAAACACACAGGAAUUUUAAGUGUGCAUUAAUAAAUAUUGUACUUGUGAAUUAAGAUUAUCAAGUUUUGUUUGAGAACUUGGCGUGCAAAGGGUUACAAUAUUUUUUUUCUUUUUUUAAUGUGCCACAGGAUCAUAUAACCAGACGCUUGUUGAGCUCGCCUUAUUCUGUUGGAUGGAAAAUAACUUGUAAAGGCAAAACUAUUACCUUACGUUAUAAGUGAAUUAAAAAGAAUUUUUUUUAUUGUUUGUGGUGUAGAAUAAAAUUUGUUGAGCCACUUUAACAACUAGUUUAAUUCCAAUAUUUUUCAAGUAAAAAUCAACGUAUAGUUUUCAUGAAUUUUUGAAGAUAUUUUAAAACUCUUUCUAAUUUCUCCCUGCUAAGUGAAUAGAAUGAAUCGUCUAUUCUGGUUUAAAUAUCUCGACGAUAAGUCUAUCAUAAACACAAGACUCGUUACAUAAGGAGGAGUGUUCGGCGAACAAACUGCGGACUUAGUGAGGCUAAGUUGUCUGGCCUGAUCGCGUGGUAUGAGAGUAUGUUUGUUGAAAAAUAUUGAAAUAAUAAAACCAGUUAUUGAGUUUUAGAAGCGAAAUAAGGAGAUGGAAUUUCAAUUUUCAAUAACUUGGGUUUUUUUAGACCAACUCAUACAAAAUUAACAACAAUUUUAUUUAAGAAAUAAUUAUAUAUAUUACAAAAAACAUUAAAGUACAGUAUAAAAUAAUUUUGUUGUCAAUUUAUAAAUUUGUACAUAAAUUUCAUAAAUGUAUGUACAACGUUGCUGGAAAAUUGCAUAGACAUAAAUUUUGUUGCAUGUGAAUACCAUUAAGGAUAAGUGCACGCCUGCUUUUUGAAUGUUCCGGUUACAUAUUUGGUUUAAAGUUGUAUAUGUAUAUACAUAUGAAAGAGAGAAAUCUAAUCAAGCUAAUUACCUUAAUUAUAAUGAAAAAGUGUGAAGCUAAAUACUCAUCUUGUAGUAAUAUUGUGCAAUGUGACCUUAUUUUAUUAAAAAAAAACUUUUAAAAUUAUCAGUGCAUACAUGUAUAAUUUAUUUGUAUAUCAUUGUUUUUAACAUUAUGUAAUUUCACAUCAAAGGUCAGAACUUGAAGAAGAAAGUUUGUCAACUAUAAGAAUUAAAAUGUUAACAUUCAAGACGUGUACGUGAGUGAUUUAAAAUAAAUAAAAGAAAUAUCUUCAGAUCUCAAGGCAUAAAAAGAGAGGUAUGCCAAUAAAAAGAAGAAAAAAAAGACAACUAUUGAGAAUCACAUGACCACUUCUAUUAUUAUUCUAAGUUUCUUGUACCACAGUGGUAUAUUGAAAAAUUAACAUAUCGUAAUAAAAUAAUAUUGGAUUAAAAAAGAGACAAAAAAGAAAAAUAAUGCCAACGGAAUGAGGACAAAAAUUCGGGAAAAGAAUCUUGAAGCUACUUUCAGUGAGGCCAGAUUCAGAGAUACUUCUCAACAAAUUCAUAAACAAUGGCAGACUGAUCCCGCAAGAGCUUUUCCGACUGUUAAAAGCAUCAGCAGUAUUGAGGACUCGCCGACCAAUAAUUUUUUUAAUCAGCAAAACGGCACUUACAAGUCGCAGCCAAAGAAUGUUAAUACUUUUGCUAGAAGUUCUAAUGGCAAAGACGUGCAGUCGAGAGGUCUCUCGACAUCGUCUUCGUCUUCCACAAGGACACCAGGUGUGGGCGCAGAUUCGGUGACAAUGGGAUCAGGAAGAAGUGGAAGAGUGAAGGAAGUAAUGGAAUUAUGUUAUGUGACAGAAAGAAUCAUUGCUCUCUGGUACCGAGAAGAUGAACUGGGAGCUCUGGAACAUGCCACGUCUCUUCUUCGAGGGAAACAUGCCAAUAAUUACUUGAUUUUUAAUUUAUCGUCACCGUAUCGAUCUCGAGAUCCUAACACACGACAAGCAGGAUGGCCUCAAGGAUUAGCGCCCAGUUUGGAGAGACUCUGCUCGCUCUGCAAAGAUAUAGACUCUUGGCUAAAUGCUGCACCGAAUAGAGUAGUGGUACUUCAUUCUAGAGGGAGUAAAGAACGAGAACGAUUAGGAGUAGCAGUUUCUGCCUACAUGAAUUACAGCAGUAUAUGCGGGACAAACGAUCAAGCUCUCGACAGAUUUUCUAUGAGAAAGUUCCUGGAUGAUAAAAUCGGCAAACUCAAAGUACCAUCACAUAGAAGGUACAUUGAAUACUUUAGUGGACUUCUCUCAGGUUCUCUUCGCAUCAGUCCGUCCCCAUUAUUCUUGACGCACGUCACAGUUUUGGGUGUUCCACUCUUCGAACCCACAGGCUGUCGAGCUUUCCUCAAAGUGUACGAAGGUUUGACGCCAGUUUACACUUCCGAUCUCUAUUCAGUGACGAAUGCUCGCGAGUUCACUGUGAAUCUUGGGGGACUUCGCCUCAGAGGGGACAUUCUAAUCAAAUGCUAUCACAGGGAGUACUCGAAGCAGAGUCGCCAAGUUAUGUUUUCUCUACAGUUUCACACGUGUGUCAUCACUGAAAGCGUGGUCUCGUUUCCCCGUUCGGAAUUAGAUUUCGCAUGUGAUGACCCAAGGUGUCCGUUCGACAGUGUAAUGACCUUAUAUUUCGCGACAGCCGCCAGGAGAUUAGACGGACCUAUACCGGCGCCGACUCCUGCUGUGCCGCAUGCUUCAGCACAUCACGACCCCAUAUUGCACUGGGAUAGUUAUUCGAAUCUAGAAAUCAACGAGGAUGGCCAAAGCACACCGAUAUCUUUACCUCCACAUUCUAAUUCUUUACAAACAUCUCCUCGUGGAUUAGAAUAUACUUGCGGUCCUUUGGAUGGAUCAAUUUAUGCAGUGGUACAUCCGCCUGCAGGAAGUGGAGCUCGAGGUUCUCCACUGACUGUUUCCAUGGACAGUGGAAUUAGUAGUGGACCACCACAAAGAUCUAGCCCCCCCGAAAUUCAAACUGGAAAUCAAGCUCAUGGUGAUCUUGAUAAAUUGUUACACGACAUGAUGCUUACUGUUGAGUCAAUGCCAGAUGCCCCAACGAGCGAGUACCAUCGAUCAGACAGAAAUGGUUCUCGGAGUUAUAGCAGUCACGGCAGUCAUCCCACUUCUUCAAAUUAUUCGACCUUGAAGGAUUCGUAUAGGAGUUACGGUGCUGGAAAAGAUUCGAGCAGUUACAGUACCUUGAAAAACGAGUACAUAGAAUCACCUUCUGCUCGCACCGACUUUGGAAGAGUGUACGACGCAGUUGACUUUCGAGGAUCGCCCGAUCGAAAAUACGGCGACUCUUUUUCGCCAGUUGGAAAUAUAGAUUUUAUUGACGACGACAUUCCCUAUCACGCGAGACAAACUAGUCAACCAUUCUCUUAUGGUGCCACUUCAGACAUGAUCAAACAUCAAAAACUCUCCUCACCUUCUUUAGUUAGAAAGGCAUCUGCACCUGUUGUUGAUAUAAAUGAUAUUCUUGGAGAAAGUACAAGUCCCAUCAGCCCUCUCAAUUCUACAUCACAUGAGCCUCCAACUGAAUUUACUAAUGGUUCAAUUAAACAUAACAUGGAACACAUUGAUGGACUGUCCUGGUUGAGGCAACAGCAACUGAAAUUGGCCGCAAGAAAAGAUGAAAGAAAUCCGUCAAAAAUUUGGAGACUGGAAGCCGGAAAUCGAAUGCUCGGUGAAUUGAGAAACGUACAAAGAUCACGUUUGAGGCACGAUGGUUACGCUAGUGAUUCGGCAAUUCUCGAUGAUGAAGAUGAUAAUUGGACAAGCAGCCCGAUUUCUGUCCAAAGAACAUCAGCUCCUUCGAGUCCUUUGCUUCCCCAGCGGUCAAGCAGCAUUGGAAAUUCAACUCUCGGCAGAUCGAGAGCAGAAGUUGCUAAUGAAAGACCUUUCGUUGCCAUAAAAAGGGCUUACGAUUUUCGAAAGUACCACGAUAAUCAGAGUCCGUCAUCCUUACCUGCAGCAUUAAUCGCAGCUCCAUCCGCAGGCCUAAUAAAUCAUUAUCAAAAUUUCAAUCGAACGCAACCUCCUAGGCCGGAAAUGCGUAGUGAUAGUUUUGCGCGAGCGGAAACUCUGCUCAAGGAGUAUCGACUUUUUAAUAAUUUUCACACAGAGUCUGUAAAUAUGCAAAAUAAUCAAGCACACGAGUCGAAAGAUACGAUACCUAGAGGUUUCGGGAUCCAUAAAUCUGAAUCAGAAGACGCGGGUCUACUGACUAUUGUGGAUCAAAGUGGCUCUUUGGAUGAUAGUCUCGAGAGCCACAUUCACUCUUUGGUCGACGUCUCAUCCCUACGUGGAUCACCAACUACUAACAAAACUGUUCAACUCAAUUUAGUUUCAUCCGACACACCCAUCUUCAACACUAUGAUCAGCACCACUAACAGUACCCCUAACCAGUCGCCAAAUGCAUGGCAGAGUAGUGUACAGUCUCACAAUGAUUCCUCAUCAUGGACCGAGAGAAGUACAAGUCCAGGCGCCUCUCGACCACAGACUCCAGCAUUUCCAGUUCCACGCACACCUUAUGUGAACACCUCUCCCACUGUGACUUUUGCAUCCGACCGAAAUUAUAUUACGCCAAACAUUAACGAUUCGGGAUACAACAUUAAUAACAAUCAUAUUGAUUCUGGGAUUGGCAAUAUGAACAACAACUAUGUCAAUCGUGCGAUUUUCAUUGAGGAACGCAGGGACGCUAGCAGACAUCAAAGACUUCCUCCCAAAAGUCCUACAAUUCAACGCAAACCUGAGGAAUUGUCAGUUUCACAAUAUGCACUAAGUGGUGUGCCUACACACUUUGAGUUCACUCAGAGCCCUAAGUCUGCGACGUCGUACAAUUCAAUGAACAACGUUGGUCCAGCUUCUAUUCAAGUGCAGUAUUAUACUUCAAGGCGGUCUAGCAUUCAUUCAAAUACGGAACCCCAAGAAGUUGCGGAUGUUAAUGUCAAAUUUGUACGUGACACAAGCAAGAUUUGGUACAAGCCAAAUAUAUCUCGAGAACAAGCAAUUUCGAUGUUGAAAGAUGCAACACCAGGCACAUUCGUGGUUCGUGACAGUAAUUCAUUUCCUGGAGGCUUCGGUUUAGCACUUAAAGUAGCGACUCCCCCACCUGGAGCACCGUCAUGCGAGCUGGUUAGACAUUUUCUAAUUGAACCCACGUCCAGGGGAGUACGCCUCAAAGGGUGCGCCAAUGAGCCAGUCUUCAGUUCACUCUCCGCUUUAGUUUAUCAGCACAGCUUGAUGGCAAUGGCCCUGCCAAUUCAAUUACUGCUUCCAGAACCGGAUGCGACGCAGAGAUCGCUUGAUUCACCAGGAACUAAUAGUGCACAACAACUUUUGGCGCAAGGCGCUGCCUGCAAUGUACUGUACUUAUUCACGUUGGACACUGAGUCACUCACGGGACCGCAAGCUAUCAAAAAGACCAUUGCAAUGUUGUUUAAUCAGAAGCCUCUUCCCAUCGCCACAAUAGUUCAUUUCAAGGUCUCCACACAAGGCAUCACUUUGACUGACAAUGCCCGCAAACUCUUCUUUCGCAGACAUUAUCCUACAAAUAAUAUCAGUUACUGCGGUCUUGAUCCCGAUGAACGCUCUUGGAAUUUCAUCAGCGAAGUUACUGGAAGAGCCCUCAGUGCCCAUCGUUGUUUCGGAUUCAUAGCACGAAAGCCAGCUCACAAAUCCGACAACCAAUGUCACAUCUUUGCAGAAUUGGAGCCCGAGCAGCCUGCUGUAGCCAUUGUCAAUUUCGUUAACAAAGUUAUGAUGGGCAAUGCACAAGUGAAAGCAAACAUUGUCUGAUACAUCAAAUAAGUUGUCAACAAGAAAACAGCCGCUAUACUUUUCUUUCUUUAAUUUAAACCCGUAUUUAUUGUUUUUAUUGUUGUUGAUUUAACUCACGAUAAUUCAAACAACGUAUUCUAAGAAAUUAGCCGUCAAAAAAAAGUCAAUUUCUUAUUUAUUCAAAUAUAAAUAUAAUGUUAAUGUAAAAUUGACAAUUUUAUGAGAUAUCUUAUUAUUGUUGAAGAAAAGUACCUAAUUUUCCAAACGGAAAACAAUUAGCAUUGAAUCAAGAGAAUAUUUUAAAUAAAGAAAAGUAAAUAAUUUUUUGAAAGAAGGAAAACUGCCUGGAAACUUGAAUUCGAAAAAAAUUAUUUAAUAAGUAAGGUAAAAAGAGUUAGAUUGUUGAGAGUAUAACUUUUUUCAAUAGUCUUAUUUACAAGAUAAUAAAAAUUAAAAGUCUAUUCGAGUACAACAAGAUUAUUGACUGUUGCAAACUAAUAUUGUUUAGAAAUUGCAUGUCGAUUCAUGUUCAUAUAACUGUAUAUAUAAUAUUAUUAACGCUUUAAGAAAAUUUAACAACAAGAGAUUUACUUACGAGCUACGAUUAAAAAACUCAAAAAGAAUUAGAUUUUUGAGUAAUUUAAUAAGUCCGAUAAAAUCAUUGAAUAAGUCUAAUAAAAAUAAAUUAAGGUUCUUGCCAUUUGAAGAGAUGAUGAACGUUGCUUAUGAAAUAAGCUCGUCUAUGCCUAGAAACGUUGACAGUCAAUUAAAAUCAAAUAAAUACGACAAUAUUGAUCCUAUAAUAAAUUUACUUCUUGUCCCUUAAAAAAUAAUUUUGCCAGUCUUAAAUGAAUAACAGUUUUAAUGUUAAUUUAAUUUCAGUCAGUACAAUUAUUGUAAUGAUUACUAUAUAUUUAUAUUCAACCACUUUCCACAUAUAUUCAAUAAUUCUAAUAAAAUAACAAUAAAAUAUAA